AUGUACCGUAAGUUCUUCGCUUACUCUGGCGAGAGUGUUCAAAGAAUAAAUAUAUCUUGGCUGCGUUCUGUGAUUUACGGUGAAAUCCCGUACGUCCUCUUAGCCAAGGUUUCUUACCUGGCCCCAAAAUGCUGUAGCAUAGUGACAAACUUCAGGAUGCCUACACUAGAGUUUCUUAGAGCCCCUCAACCGUACCACGUAAAGACGUCAAUAUUUAGCAUCACACUGACCAUUCACGCAUCAAAUUACUAUGAAAACUCAUCUAUGGAUUCGUUCCAUAAGCUCUUCACCAGAAAGCUAUUCGUCACGAGGACGGGAGCUCGAAUAUCUAGACCACCUAACUCCAGAGCCGAUCCAGGGAUAAAAGAAACCCCACCAAACGCCCCAACUGCAAACCAGACGACCGGAAAACUCAUGCUGAGAAAGCAGGGGAUGGUAGUGCCGAAAAUUGCUGGACCAACGGCCCAUGAUAUAGGGGAUGCGCAGGUCCACAUUGAAUGGGGAGAGAGGAAAGGGAAAGAUGAAGAUGCUAUUACCAUCGUAUUCGCAAAGUUCAAUCGGUACGCCCCACUGGCUUUGAGACAGAGAUCCCCCGAAACCCUAGAGUAUUGA